AUGGUUCAUAUUCAAACGGAUUGCCUUGAGAAACUUCUCAACAAGGCUUUCGAGAAACUUGGAAUUUGCGUGGGUCAGUACCCGUGGUGUUUCUUGAUCGUUCCUGUCAUCGUUUCUGCAGGACUGGGGUCAGGGUUCAUGAAUGUUAAGAAAUUGGAAGCAAAUGAUAUGGAAGAGCAAUUUACUCCUUCUAACGGUCAAGCAAAAAUAGAAAGAGCGUUUAUUCAGAAACAUUUUUCGACCGAUUAUUCGCACUUCUCGCCGGCCAGGCUUUCCACGGAGGGGAUGUAUGUUUCUUUCAUUGCUGUUUCAAAGGGUGGUAACAUCCUUACCAAAAGAGCAUUCGAAGAAAUUUUAUCACUUGAUAAACUGGUCAACGAUUUAAAGUUUUCUCACAAUAACGUUCAGUAUAACUACUCAAACCUUUGUGCAAAAGUAGGUAAUUCAUGCUUUCCAAAUCCCCUUUUAGAUCUUAUAAAGCACGAUCCUAAUCUAGUAGAGAGCACUGCGUUUACUUAUCCUAGAUUUAAUGGAAGUUUCAUUGGUACGAAUUUGGGAGGAGUUACGUUAGAUUCAGGUUAUGUUAAAGAGGCGCAUUCUGUGAAGUCUACUUAUUAUUUAAGAGAAGACACGGAACAAGAUAAAGUACUUUCUGAGCAAUUGAUUGCUACGUAUAUCCAAGAAUUUCCAAAGAACUUUUCAACUUUGAAGUGGAUUAAGGUCUCACAUAUCACUUCCAUGUCAAGACAGGAGCAGUUUGAAAAAAAUGGCAAAACAAUAAUUCCACUUUUUUCAAUCACUUACUUCCUUACAAUAAACUUUGCUGUUGUAAGUUGUAUGAGGCUUGACUGCGUGAGGAAUAAGGUCUGGGUUUCUUUUCUGGGUGUCAUAUCAGCUGGACUCGCUGUUCUAGCAGGCUUUGGACUGUUGCUGCAUUGUGGGGUGUCAUUUGCUAUCAAUACUGCUAAUUCACCCUUUUUGAUUCUAGGUAUCGGUGUAGAUGAUAUGUUCAUUAUGCUCUCAAGUUGGCAGAAAACAAAUGUUGAAGACAAUAUUGAAGACCGCAUGGGGGACACAUAUGCUAAAGCAGCCACCUCCAUUACAAUCACCACUCUGACUGAUGUUUUAGCCUUUUAUACUGGCUGCUUGACAUUUUUUCCAUCUGUGCAGUCAUUUUGUGUUUACACAGGUACGACUGUUCUGCUCUGCUUCAUUUACAACAUUACAUUUUUUGGAGCUGUGCUCGCAUUGAAUGGAAGAAGAGAAGGCACUAAUAGACAUUGGCUGACAUUCAAGAAAGUUGAAAAUUAUCAUGAACCAGGAGAAUCUAAAUGCUAUGCAAUGUGCUGUGUAGGUGGGGCUUAUGAUGAGGAAACUGGUACAGAACUAGAACACCCAAUGUCUAGUUUUAUCCAUAAUUAUUAUGGUCCAUUUCUUACCAAUUGUUGGACCAAGGGAGUUUUGGUGGUCCUGUAUAUAGGAUAUUUGGCCAUCAGUAUUUAUGGCUGUUUAAACAUCAAAGAAGGAAUUGAUAUCAGAAAUCUGGUCAAUGAUUAUUCAUAUGUGAUUACAUUCUAUGAUGAUCAAAGUGAUUUUUUCACGAAGUAUGGACCACGAGUCAUGGUUUCUGUCACUGAAUCUGUGGAAUAUUGGAAUUCCACCAUUCAGGAUGAAAUUGACAUUUGUAUGGUUAGAUUUGAACAGGUCCCUUAUGUAGAUCGCGAGCUGUCAGAGUCAUGGCUUCGUACAUAUAUUAACAUUUCCAAACAGGUGCAGAUGGAUAUAAAGGAGAAAAAUACAUUCAUAGGAAAUUUAUCUAAAAUGUUUCAAUUUGCUCCUUUAUUUAAACAAGACAUUAAAUUUUCAGAUAGUAACCAAACGAUUAUAGCCUCACGUUUUUUCAUUCAGACCAUAAAUGUCAAUAAUUCAGUUGCUGAGAAAAACUUGCUGAUUGAAUUAAGAAAGCUGGCACAGGAAUGUAAAAUCCCUUUGCUAGUGUAUCAUCCUGCGUUCAUCUAUUUUGAUCAAUAUCUUGUUAUCAUAUCCAACACAAUACAGAAUGUUGCUGUGGCUGCUGGUGCAAUGUUGAUCGUUGCCUUAUUGUUAAUACCUAAUCCAGUAUGCUCUCUGUGGGUAACAUUUUCUAUUGCAUCAGUUUUAGUGGGUGUGGCUGGUUUCAUGACUUUCUGGGGUGUCAAUUUAGAUUCUAUAUCUAUGAUUAAUCUGGUCAUUUGCAUUGGUUUUUCAGUAGAUUUUACAGCUCAUAUUUCAUAUGCUUUUGUUUCAAGUGACAGCGAAAGUGCCAAUGACCGAUGUAUUGAUGCAUUGUAUAAUCUAGGAUAUCCUAUUUUGCAGGGUGCUCUUUCAACUAUAAUAGGUGUCGUUGCAUUGGCUGGUGCAGCAAGUUACAUAUUCAGGACAUUUUUCAAAAUCAUAUUUCUUGUCAUAUCUUUUGGUACAAUUCAUGGAGUUAUGUUUAUGCCAAUAUUUAUGACAUUUUUUCAUAUCUGUUAA